CACCGGGACCCCCUUCCUCCGCUCUGCCCAGGUGAGGUGUCUGGACGCACCCUCAUCGACAUUGGUUCGGGCCCCACCAUAUACCAGCUGCUCAGCGCCUGUGCCCACUUUGAGGACAUCACGAUGACAGAUUUCCUGGAGGUCAACCGCCAGGAGCUGGGGCUGUGGCUGCAGGAAAAGCCCGGGGCCUUCAACUGGAGCGUGUACAGCCAGCAUGUCUGCCUCAUUGAGGGCAAGGGGGAAUCCUGGCAGGAGAAGGAACGUCAGCUGCGAGCCAGGGUGAAGCGUGUCCUGCCAGUCGAUGUACACCAGCCCCAGCCCCUGGGCACUGGGAGCCUGGUGCCCCUGCCUGCCGACGCCCUGGUCUCUGCCUUCUGCCUGGAGGCUGUGAGCCCAGACCUUGCCAGCUUCCAGCGGGCCCUGGACCACAUCACCACACUGCUCAGGCCUGGGGGGCACCUCCUCCUCAUUGGGGCCCUAGAGGAGUCGUGGUACCUGGCUGGGGAGGCCAGGCUGGCGGUGGUGCCAGUGUGUGAAGGGGAGGUGAGGGAGGCCCUGGUGCAUAGUGGCUAUGAGGUCCGGGACCUUCGCACCUACGUCAUGCCUGCCCACCUUCAGACAGGCGUUGACGAUGUCAAGGGCAUCUUCUUUGCCUGGGCCCAGAAGAAGAUAGGGGCGGGGUUGUGAGGGCUCAGUGCGCUGCCCGGUGCCCUGUGGCCCUCACCAACCCAUAUUCCCUGUUACUUGUGGUGGCACCUAAUAAAGAAAUCAUUUCCCACUGCUGA